AUGAGACAAUUAACAGUAUUAGCUGUGUGUUUGGUAGCUGUUUACGGACAAACAUCACCAAUCAACAACCCACCUACAACUUAUAAUGGUGGCUCAAACAAUGGGGGGUUCAUAGACAAUACUUACAACGGAGGCUUUCCUGGUGGAAACACGGGAUACAAUGGCGGAUACAAUGGUGGCAAUGGAGGUUACGACAACGGAUACAACAAUGGCGGAUACAAUGGUGGAUACAAUAACAACGGCGGAUACAACAACGGCGGAUACAACAAUGGCGGAUACAACGGUGGCUUCAAUACCAAUGGCGGAUACAACAACAAUGGGGGCUACAGCAAUGGCGGAUACAAUAACUACAAUGGUUACAACAGCAACUACGAUCACCACUAUGACGAUCAUCACCAUGACGACCAUCAUCAUUAUGACGACCACCAUCAUGGCGACUACGAACAUGCCAUCGAAGCUGCCAAUCGUGCAGCGUUCACUGCAAACAUGGCCGCAGCUUCACUUCUGAAAAUGAUGAUGCAGAUGCCGCAACAUAAUGUCGCUUCAUCUACGGCUUCAACCGUCCACACCGUAGCUGCACCAGCUCCAACAAAGACCAUUAUCCACAAAUACGUUACUUCCGCUCCUGCGCCGACAAGAACGGUUCACAGAUACGUCACUUCCGCCCCUGUGACUCAAUCCUACGCCCGACCCCCACCUCCACCUUCUAGUUAUUCUGCACCCAUUUCGUACCCUUCGUCUAGCUCGUACACCUCUUACCCUAUUCCCUCAGAACCUGCUUACUAUGACUCCUAUUCGCCAUAUGGUAACCAGAAUGGGCCCAUUUACAGAAUGAAAUAA